GUUACACAGCGGAAGACGCCACUUCCUCACACAGACACGACACACACACACUCCUCCGACUGCCCGACGCAGGUAAACACACACUGCAUGUCUGCGUCCCUCCGUCCUCUGGUGCGGGAUGGAGGCGUUCAGCUCCAAGGACAUGGCCAUGAAGGCCCAGAAGAAGAUCCUCAGUCACAUGGCCAGCAAGUCCAUGGCUCACAUGUUCAUCGACGACAACAGCAGUGAGGUUCUGGACGAGCUGUACCGCGUCUCCAAAGAGCACUCGGGGAACCGCGCCGAGGCCCAGAAGGUGGUGAAGAACAUGAUCAAGAUCGCCGUGAAGGUGGGAGUCCUGUUCCGACACGAGAAGUUCAGCGCGGAUGAGCUGAGUCUGGCGCAGGACUUCAGGAAGAAGCUGCAUCACGGAGCCAUGACGGCCAUCAGCUUCCAGGAGGUGGAGUUCACGUUCGAUAAGAGCGUCAUGAUGGAGCUGCUGACGGACUGUCGGGAUUUAAUGCUGAAGCUGGUGGAGAAACACUUGACGCCCAAGUCUCUGGACCGCAUCCGUCACGUGUUCAACCAUUACGCGGACCCGGACCUGCUCACACACCUGUACGACCCGCAGGGGACGCUGUGGAGCAACCUGGGCAAGAUCUGCAGCGGCCUGAACCGCAUGAUCGAGGAGGGGAAGCUCUGAGCGCUGGGCGGAGACACGCUCGCGUCUGAUUGGCUGAUCCGCAUUAUCACGGGGCAAAGGAAGAUUUAAAGGGACAGUACGCACAUAAAUGACUUUCUUCUGUGGAACGCUAAAGAACGCUUUAGUUUGGAUCCCAACUUUUGUGUUUCACAGAAGACAUACAGAUCUUUUUAAGAAUUAAAAAAAAAAUCACUUUUUUAAUACAAGUUUUGUUCCUGCAUUUUAACAUGACUUCCGUCCAUCGAUGUUUGCAACUAAAACCAAAGAGAAAUUGAGCAACACUGGAUUUGUGUACAGUUGUAUGUACUAGUGAAAUAAUCCACUUCUGUUUCUCUUUUCAUGUUGCACUGUAUUUUCUUCAACCACAACAGUAUUAGUUAAACGCUGAGUGGAUCCGAUUGAAGUUUAAUAAUAAAGUGUUGUUUUAUUUA